GUGUGAUGCACACAUGCCAAAAUACUCGCCGCUCGUCGGCCAAGGUCGUCACAUGCUGAUGUUUUCUUCUCCCGGUGUUACCAACUCGGAUAUCGAUUGACAGUUAUGAAAUAAGACAACCUGUGUCAGAUGUACGUUUCUUGGCUCAGUAGAUAAGACGCUUUAGCUGUUCUUCAUAUUCAUUUCACUAUCGGAGACUGUGUCCCUCAUCGGGACCUUGUACGGAUUAAAACCCGAAUGUUUACACACAUUAGAAAGUGACGAGCUAGCCGUUAGGUGUAACACAUUUGAGCAAACACAUAUUUGUCAUAACGCGAGUGUCUACUAUUUGUUGAUAAAUCAUGAUGAUCACGGCGAUCUCUCGACAAAACAUCCUGCUGCCGAGUCGAUGUAUAACAAAUGUGACAUUUAAAAACUGGAAAUCAAGUCGGGCAAGUGAGAGUGAAACUAAUGUCAGGACCGGGAAUACGGAUUUGCCGGACUACAACACCACUGUUGAUAUCCAUACACACAAGUUGAGCAGGCCUGCCGCCCCUCCUCCGCGUCCUGGCCCGCCUCCCGGGGUGAGAUGGGAAGGGCUACAGGAUUUAAGACGGAGAACAAAGGGGUCUCUGAUACCAGAAACACUGAAACAGAUGGAACAGGACGAGGAUUUCAAACUGACCGCUGAAAAAUUGAAGAGACUUGGCCAGAAGCAGAUGACACGAGAGGAAAGAAAACAACGCCAGAGGGCGCUAAACAUGCUUGGAGCACCGGACUUCAAUCAGUUCUGGUUGGAGCAGAAAAAGAAGGAAAACGUUGAAGACAAAGAAACAGUACUGAAGAAAAACUCUAUAGAGAUCGUCCAAGCUAACAUCGGCCUGUAUUGUAACCAGGCAUGCAAUCAUUGCCACGUGGAGUCUUCACCAAAACGGAAGGAGAUGAUGAACAGGGAAGUCGCAGACAAAAUCCUAGCUAUAAUGGCCAAGAGUCCAUCUGUCCACACGCUGGACAUCACUGGUGGCGCCCCGGAGCUUUGUGAAGAGUUCCGAUACCUUGUCAAGGGAGGGAAGCAGCUAGGGAAGACCGUUAUAGACAGGUGUAAUCUUACGUCACUUCUGGAACCAGGUCAAGAAGACACCGCUCAGUUCCUCGCCGAACAUCAGGUCGACAUUGUGGCAUCACUGCCUUGCUAUUCCGCCAAGAAUGUGAACACACAGAGAGGAAGUGGGGUGUUUGACAAAAGUAUCCAGGCCCUGAUUUUACUGAACGAACUGGGCUACGGCAAACCUGACACUGGACUAAAACUUGACCUCGUCUACAAUCCACUAGGAGGGUUUCUGCCUCCGCCACAACAGCCAUUGAAGGAGAAGUACAAAGAGGAAUUGUGGGACACGUUCGGCGUCGAGUUCAACGAACUCUUUACAAUGACCAAUAUGCCAAUCAAACGUUUUAAUGACUUUCUACAUCGACGGAAUGAACUACAGGGUUAUCUGGAGCUUCUGGUGAGGAACUACAAUCUAAAGACCAUAGAUAAACUGAUGUGUCGGAACCUCCUUAGUGUCAACUGGGACGGCCGCGUGUUUGAUUGUGACUUCAACCAGCAGCUGGCCAUCGGUAUGACGGGUCAAGGUCAGGACAAGGUCACAGAGAUCAGCGUGUUUGACCUUGAAUCGACCGAUGACGUCAAAGGAAUGGACAUCAAGACGGACAAUCAUUGUUUCGGCUGUACGGCCGGAAUGGGGUCCAGCUGACUAGGGGUGACCCUGAAGUAAGAAACUUCAGGGUGGUCAAAUCUCGCCCAGUCACUGCCGUAGGGACGAUACCAUUGUCAAUGGUCACUGUAUCGAUGUAAUAUCAAAUGAUACCCGACUUACUCCGCGACCUAGAACCAUAUGUUAUAAUAAACGGCAGUGAUUUCGGGCGAAAUUUUGAUAGAAGAUCUUUUCUUAAUUAUCUGUAAUGAUGUCUGGUGCAUUAAACCGGAAGUGGUGUGCACUAGACGGAUGUUGGAUAAUAGCAUGAAUUGAUCUUAAGUUUGUUUUGGAAGUGGUGUAGAAUUACAAAUUCCUCCACACCAAAACUUGUUAGUUUGUUUUUUUGGUUUACCAUUGUAUUGGAAAGCAAUUACAUCAUUCACUCCUGAAAUGUCAUAAUGAAUUAUCCCAACCUUUGAAUUGGAAGGGUUCAAAUGUGUCUUCAGGGGUGAAUGAGUUAAAUAUCCAUGAUUUCUAUAAACGACGCUUUUUCUAGAAAUAAAUUGUCUUGAUAUCCAUCACAUCAAAAUGCAGAAUAGCAAAACUUGAUCAGAGAAAUGUCCUACAUGUUUUCUUCCAAAUUAAAUUUGGAUGACCUAUGUUUAAGUAAAUUAAAUCCCUAUUAUACACUUGCAUGGGACGCUGGUGGCUAGCUAAAAUGUAUCCUGGCUUAAAUUGCACUAUUUAGCAAUGUAUUUGUGUUCUAUUUCAUGUCGACGAAUCAAAUAUAUUUGUUGUAAAUUUCAAUCUAAUUAUAAUAGUCGGAUAAUAUAAUCGACUGUAAUUCAUGUUGUGCUAUUGUGAAACGAUUAUAUUGAAAAGUAAGCUUUGCUAUAUCUUCUUUUAAAAUAUUGAUUAACCCUUUCACCCAAAUGUAACCUUAAUAAACUCUACCAUAACAUGAUCUGGAUGAGUCCAUUAUGGUCUACAGUGUUGAAAGGGUUAAGGAGCCCCGUUCCACUGCAAAAAAUGUAACAAUACUGUAAUCAUCCGCCAUGACCACUAUAGCUUUGAUAAAUCAUUUUUAAAAGGAAACUCAUUCUUAACAGGACUUUUAUGAAAAUCAAUAAAUUUUGAAUAACAAUAUUCUUAGUCUCGUUCAACAAGACUCUUGUUGUCGGCGCAAGGUACGCCGUGCAAAAGUUACAAGUGAUCAAGCAUUUGGUUGGACGAGACUACAAUGGUCUUUGUUUAACAAAUUCAUCAAGACUAGACCGUGAUUCGAACCCAUGGACAUCAGAUUGUUAUACUAGCGCUCGAACCAACUGAGGUACUUAUAGUCAAUGAGAGUGUAUUGGCACAAUUGUGCUACAAUGUAGUUAUAGUCAAAACGUAAUUAAGGGGAGGUUACUCUAUAUAUUAAAACAUAAAACACAUUCCAGUGGGACAUGGUUCCUCAAAGGGUCACCGUUGCCAGUGGCGACAAAGCUGUUAAUUUGGUGCUUUAUUGUGUAUAAUACAGCUCCAUGUUCGGUGCAAAUUUGUAACAGCUUUUGAUGCAAUAUUAUAAUGUCACAUUGCACAGUCCUACCAUUGAUAUGAUAUAAUGUUAUGGUUUGUUUGUUAUUUACUGUUCACUAUUCUGAUGGAAUACUAGUCUUGUCAUCCAAUAUGCAUUACUGUACUAGUCUUGUCAUCCAAUAUGCAUUACUGUACUAGUCAUGCCAUCCAAUAUGCAUUAUUGUACUAGUCAUGCCACCCAAUAUGCAUUAUUGUACUAGUUUUGACAUCCAAUAUGCACUAUUGUACUAGUUUUGUCAUCCAAUAUGCAUCGCUGUACUAGCCUUGCCAUCCAAUAUGCAUCACUGUACUAGUCAUGCAAUCCAAUAUGCAUGAUUGUACUAGUCAUGCCAUCCAAUAUGCAUUAUUGUACUAGCCUCGUCAUCCAAUAUGCUUGAUGUACAUUUACAACUGAAGUUUUGUCCACCAUUGUUCUUGACUUCUAGCUAUUCAAAAUUAUUCACUGUCGGCUGUAUAAAACUUGUUAUUGAAAUAGUGUAAAGUCAUAACUUAUCACUUCGUUUUAAUACCAAAUAUGAACUUAAUUGACAAGGUGCGUAUAAUACGUAUUUACAUUAUUGAACUAUUUACUCUUAUUUAUAAAAUAUGGAAUUUUG